UUUCCAUUGUACCCUUCCAAACAAUCUCCCAGCACAAUGUGCUGCCAUCAAGGUAAAACACUAUAUCCCUUCUCCCUGGAUCUCCAGGUGGGUGCCAGACAGCAACAGGAAGGUACAGCUCUCCAUGGCUGCCUUAAUUCUUGCCUGGAUGCAACAAGAAAACUUGGCAUCCAGGUUUUGGGGGAGUUGACCCAUCUAUCCUCAAGGAUGCUUUAUUCCUACUUUUCUUUAAUGGCAUUGAAAUGGAAAAUGUGGGACCCUGUAUGUCCUAGGGGGAUAUUCCUGGGGAGCUCACAGGCUCCUCUUGUAACGCCCAGCCCUGUUUUUCCUCCUGCUUUCCCUUGGUUAUACAAGCUUUUAUUUUUGAUACGGCCCUUAUAAGGCAAGUCCAUCUACAGACAGCUUUUCCUUACAUUCCCUCUUGCCAAGAUGAUGUCACCUUAAAAACGAGACUUGCAAAAGGUUAAACUGUGAUUAGUUAGAUCUCAUCGCCUUGAACUGUGAUCUUUGGCGGAGUGAACACCGUGAGGAUGGAAAGGGGAAAAUGAGGGUGCUGUGCUGUUGCCAGUGGUGCUGAAUUCUGGUGGAGAAAAGCACACUGGCAGCAUUGUGCCAACUCACUGUGCAAAGGCUGAGCAGCUUCUCGCCCUCCUUAGUGGUUUGCUUGGUCCUGGAUCUUGGAUCGCUUCUAGCAGAGGACCGAGGAUGUCCUCGAUGUUCGGCAAGCCCCGAGGCAGCAGCGAGCGGCCGGCCCAGAGUCCCCUCCCCGAGUGCAACGUGGCAAUCCUGGGGUGCAGAGGGGCCGGCAAGUCAGCCCUGACCGUGAAGUUUCUAACCAAGAGGUUCAUCAGUGAAUAUGAUCCCAACCUAGAGGACACCUACUCCUCGGAGGAGCUGGUGGACCAGCAGCCUGUGCUCCUGAAGGUGAUGGACACUGCUGACCAGGACGGCCCCGGGAAUUGUGAGCGCUACCUGUGCUGGGCCAGCGCCUUCCUUGUUGUCUACAGCAUCGACAGCAGGCCGAGCUUCGAGGGCUGCCAGCGCUACCUGGAGGUGCUCGCGCUGCACGCGCAGGGCUGCCAGCGCCGCUGCCCCGUGCUCCUGCUGGGAAACAAGCUGGACAUGGAGCAGUACAGGCAGGUGCUCUCAGCAGAAGGGAUGUCCCUCGCCAGCAGGUUCGGGUGCCUCUUCCAUGAGGUGUCGGCAUGCCAGGACUUCUCUCGGGUGCAGCACGUCUUCCACGAGGCCGUGCGGGAGGUGCGGCGCCAGGCCGAGUGCAACCCGCCCCUGCGGCCCCUCUUCAUCUCCGAGGAGCGGCCCUGCCCCGCCGCGGCCGCGCCGCUGGCCCUGCCCACCCACCACAGCUUGGCCACCUGCACCUUCAACACCCUCAACACCGUCAACUACAAGGAGAUCCCCUCGGUGGCUCAGGCCAAGCUGGUCACCGUCAAGUCCUCGCGGGCUCAGAGCAAAAGGAAGGCUCCCACGCUAACCUUGCUGAAAGGCUUCAAGAUAUUUUAGGACACAUCCCUGUGGGCUGCAGAGCGGGAGGAGAGAGACCCUCAUCCAUCCCCCCAGCUCCACAGAGCCUGAG